AGCAGCUGCGGCUCAAAUCAUUUAAACAGGAAGUCCUCAACUGCUGCUGCUGCUGCUUGAUUGUGUUGUUUUCCAGCAUCCUAAGCACAAACGAAACAUCAAAGUAGCAUUGAACAUGGCUGUCAAAGCGAACUCCAUGAAGGCGCCUUUUGCGUUCGUUUGUUUACGGUUUCAAAAGCGGGCAGUAUAGCAACAAACAAGAACAAAUUGAAAUUGUUUCGUGAAUUUGGAAUACUGUUUGUUUAUAAAACCAUCCACUAAACAGUUCGGAUUGUCUGUUGAUGUACCAUUCAUCCCGGUACGUAAAAUAAGAGAAGGCACAAGCAUACGAGAUGCCGAAUUCCAAAUGUGCAGCCGCAUUCUGCAGCAACAAGCGUGCAGAGGCUAGAAAACGAAAACUGGACAUCAUCUUCCAUGCCUUUCCAUCGGAAGCGGCGUUAAGAACCAAAUGGAUACAGUUUUGCAAGCGUGGUGCAAAUUGGACCCCUUACAAAACCGAUGCCGUAUGCUCUGUCCAUUUCAAAAAGCAUGACUAUCAAAUGGCCAACUCUCCGCGAGUGUGGAGUAAAAAUCUUAGAAGACUUAACCUAAACGCUUUUCCCAGUGUUAUGGCCGGGUCGGUUAUUACCAUUACGAAAAAGCAGAAACUUGACGAGCAAACACGUAAAAAGUUGUUGCAGGAACUCUAUCACGACACGACACCAGAUGAGUCGGCCAUGGAGAAAGAUCACACGUACAGCGAAGCGACAUUAAUCGAAGAAUUGAAAGACACAUCGCUAAUGUUGCAGAAGAUUGUUUACCGGUUGCAACGAUUUCCGAACGUUUGUGCGUUAUGCUUUAAAGCCAUCGCUGAUGAGAAAACGUUCUCACCGUUCGCAUAUUAUCACGACGAGCUGGAGUGUACGAUCGAGCAGAAGUUUGAAGAAUUCGCUGGAGUUUCAAUGACUCAAGAGGAUCGUGCAAGUCUUAACCAUCUGCUGCCGGAUAAGGUAUGCGUGGAUUGUCUGGAAGCACUGGUCAUAUUCCAUCAAUACCAACGACAAUUGGAAUGUAUGCGAAAGUUCAGCACAGGACUGGCCCAUCUGCUGAAGGGAAACAAAAACCCGUUACAAGAUCUAUAUGAAGAGCAGGGAGCACAUUUGGUGAAUGUGCUGAAAAGUUUGAACAUAUGCCAUGGAUCGGAGGAUAAGAUAACAUUUGAACGGUUGGAGCAAGAGGUGGCAACAUAUGGACGAGUGAGAAAGUUCACCGUAUUCAAUCAGGUUUAUUCUGUGGAUAAGUUUCAAACGGAUGCUAAUAUAGAGUCACAGGAAGUCAUAUCCCAACGCCGGACCAAUGUGCGACGAUCACCGGAACAAGAAAGGGACGAUAAUUAUGAGAUCAAGAAAUGGAUUUGUCCAUAUGAAGACAUCUGUAGAGAAUGGUUUCUGGAUGAAGCGUCUCGCCAGGAACACGUUCGCGAUUGCCACAAAUGUUUCAAGUGCCCUACCUGCGGUGCAAAGAUAAAGUUUUACGAUCUGUACAAAAAACACGUCGAGAGUCACGCUGUCGCAAGGGCUCUGUUGUUGUCGCAUAAUAACAAGAGACCCAAGCAAAAGCUGUGGAAUUGUGGCAGUUGUAGUAAAGCUUUUCGAAGUGAGGAUCUCCUCAAUUGUCACGAAAAGAUUCACAGUGCCUCGAAGCAUUUUGUGUGUCGAGUCUGUCUUGGUGUGUUUGUUAGUAAGGAUAAUUUCUAUAAUCAUAAGUGUAUUCCAUCGUCCACGUCCAUUCAACGGAAGCAUCCAUCAGUGCAGGAUGAUUUUCAGUAUAAAUUAGGGGAAGAUUCCAGUUCCAGUGGAAACGAAUUACACACCGCCUCGCCGAAUAACUCAUCAGGAAAUGACGAGCUGCUCAGUAUCGAAAUUCUUCAGUAAACCAGAGCUACUCAGUGAUACUAAUUAACAAAUAAGUAAUUCUACACGUUUCUGAGACAUGAACCUGGUUCAUGGUUAUUGACAAGAAAAUGGUUGAUAUGAAUUAUAAAGUCACAGUAACGUCGACCUAGAUUAAGUGUACGAUGUACAAAGACUGUAGCAGGUUCAAUGGCGUUUAUCCUCCAACGGAAUGAUAUGGCGCUCCUCGGUAUACAGCUCUAAA